UAUUGUUGGUAAAUAGUAAACUAAAGCGUCACAGCUAUGGUGGGUGGGACAUCUCAGUUAUAGAUGACUGUAGAUCAGUGAUCUGUCGGAGUCUUCGGCUGUGAGCUGAAAUGAAGAUGUGGUUCCUCCUCCUGCUCAUCUACUCCUCCACUCACAUGGUGCAUGUAAGAACUCAAGCCAAAGGUAAAGUUAUUCUGCGCGGUGGAGAGAACCCGUGCGAGGGUCAUGUUGAAAUCUACUACAACAACACAGCGGGGCAUGUGGGAGACAAACACUGGGACGACAACACGGAGAAGGUGGUCUGCAGGACCACUCAGUGUGGGGUACCGGUGCCCGGCGCGACCAAAAAUGUCCAGAGGCUGGAGAACAGAACGGUGUGGCUGAAUGAACUGCAGUGCAGCGGGAACGAGGACAGUCUGUGGGACUGUCCAGGGUAUCCGGCUCCAGGCGUCAGCGUCUACCAAAAGCCCACGGUGAAGAUGAUCAAAUGUUCAGAACAAGUGGAGAUAAACCUGGUUCCAUCCUUAUGCCAGGGAGCAGCCCACUUCUAUAAAGUCAACUCAGGAAGGACUCUGUCUGGAUACUUCUGCAAAGACAACUGGGGGGACAAAGACAGAAAAAUGGCCGAGCAGCUUUGCAAGAGUCUGGGAUGUGGAGGUGUCAAAGAGAUUCCCAAACUAGAUGAGAUGAUGAAAGAAGAUUUUAGGGAGUCGGAGAAGAUGGCGGUGGACUGUGCAGACAUUGAUCCGGUGUCCAACCUGUGGCAGUGCGUUAGGAAAAACCUCAAAUGCAGAGACCCUGUGGUUGUCACAUGUGAAGGGCACGAGACGCUGCAGCUCAAAGGUGACGGGACAAACGCCUGUUCAGGACAGCUGCUGGCUAAAGAAAACGGUGAAUGGAAACCAGUGAAAGAGAACAGGAGCAUCGCUAAACACGUCUGCAAGGUGGUGCGCUGUGGAGCCAUCGAGAACCACACAUACGUUGAUCACAAUCUACACCUGACAUGCACAGACACAGUGAAAGUUGUUUUGCUGGACAACAACAGAGAAAGCAAAUGUUUUGGUUUGGUUCAUGUAAGUGUGAACGGUGUGAACAAACCUGUGUGCGCCAAAAAGUGGACUCAACAGAAUUCUGAAACGGUGUGCAAAGAACUGAACUGUGGAAAAUCAAUGAGCUGGUCGUUUUACAAAGACGGUUUAGGAUCUGGGAUAAUGGACUCUGUGAGGUGCACAAGCCAAGAUUCCUCUUUAUGGCACUGCAAGGCCAAACAUGGCAUGAACCUUUUCUGUCCAGAAGUUCCCAAUGUCAUUUGUUCAGGAAGUGUUAAGUUUAGGCUGGCGGACGGUCCUGGAAAAUGUGCUGGUAGGCUGGAGGUCCUGCAUGGAGGCGAGUGGAAAAGGGUCGCUAAAAGCAAAUGGAAUGAGAAAUAUUCAGACAACAUCUGUCAGCGCCUCAACUGUGGAAAGACAACCGGAGAAAACCAUCCUGAAAGGUUUUUCCAGGGUUCUGGGAACUUUGUUUCCAUAGCGUGUGACCAAAACCAGCCUGAUAUUUCUGAAUGUGUUAAAUCUGAGCAAAACACACGAAAUGAAGAAGCUGUGGGAAUAACCUGUGAGAAUCAUGAAGUGGUUUUUCUGAAGGGAUCUGAAUCCUGUUCUGGAGCAGUGGGAAUCAGACAGAACAACAACACCUUCUGGCUCUCCGGGUCCAAUGAGACCUGGAACUCUGAGGCUGCAGAAACGCUGUGUCAGCAGAUGCACUGUGGCCGCCUCACCAAGUUCUCCUCCAGCUCUUCUACUGGUGACAUUUCUAAUAUGACCUUCAGAGCUUACCGCUGCUCUGGAAAGCAAAGGUCUCUCUUUGACUGUGACAAAGUGGAACUUCCUGACCACAAUGACACCAUUGCUCAGGUGGAAUGCUCAGGAAAAAUCAAUGUAAGCCUGAGUGAAGGCUGCUGGGGAAAAGUCCGUAUUUUUGCAGAAGGAAAGUUUGAAUAUGUCUGUGCAGACUCCUGGACUGAGGAAAUGUCUAAAACUCUGUGUCAAGAAACGAGCUGUGGGGAAACUAUCCUAAAAGUUCGCAAACCACCCCCAAGGGCAGUUGUUACGUUCAAAAGUCUGCACACCGUCGGCAAUAAUUCUAGCCUAAGGGAAAGCACCUUUGUUAAAACGGAAGACAUAGAAAGAUGUAUUCCAGCUUAUGUUGUCUGUGAAGGCAGCGCUGAACUCAGAUUCCCCGCUUCCAAGGAUGAAUGUAGGGGAACGGUUGAGAUGGUCUACGAAGGCGACUCACUUUCAGUAAGCAGGAAAGUUCUUACAGAACAUUCCAACGCCAUUUGCAGAAAGCUGAGAUGUGGUCAUGCUCAACAUGUUGCUGCAUAUUUUGGAUCCCAAGACGUUGUUGAGAUCAUUACAGAGCUGAAGUGUUCUGGAGAUGAUUCAAAGGCUACAUUAGAAACUUGUAGCAUCACUGCUGGAAAAAGCAGUGAUCUUGGAUUCCUGCAAUGUUCAGACUGGAGGGAGAUGGUUCUGGAAGAAGAUGGCUGUAAGGGAGAAGUGGCUGUUUACUCUGAAGUAGGAAGGAUGCUCGUCUCCAGCGAAGGCUGGACGGAGACAGAGGGGAAUCAACUUUGUACGGAUCUCCAGUGCGGUCCAUUGAAGACUAAAAGAGAAGUUUCAGGUGCCGAUUCUUUCUGGAACAAAACCUUUAAAUGUCCAAAUGAUGGAAAGGCUGAAAGUAUCUGGGACUGUGAGACAGAAACUCCUCCUUCACUGCAGAGGAAGAAACUCUUCAUUGAAUGUCAAGAUCGGUCAAAGGUCAGCUUGUCAGGAUACUGUUCUGGACAAGUCAGGAUCAACUCUUCUCCAGUGUGCAACAAAAACUGGGACAUCGACUAUUCAAACAGGGUCUGUCAAGAACUGAACUGUGGCAAUGCCUUUGACCAUUCUGAUUUGCCUGGUGCAAAAUCUAGGCUUUACGUCAGCUGUGACCAACACCACCACGUUCUUGGUCAGUGCCACAGGGAUGAGGGAAAAUGCCAAAGCUCAGUGUCCGUCUCCUGUUACAAAAAUAUUACGUUUCAGACGACUGAGAAAUGUGGAGGUCAGGUUCAAGUCAAUUAUGGUAGAAACUGGAAAAAUGUUUGUGUUGACAAAGACACAUUGAAAAACAGCAAGCUACUGAAUAGUCUGUGUAAAGAGAUGAACUGUGAAUAUAACACAAACGCAAGACUUGAAAAGAUCAAUGAAGGAAUAUAUUUGGAGUGCCCAACAGAUUAUAAGGAUAUAAAGUACUGUGUGAAAGCACAGCCCUGUGGAGGACAGACACAUGGACUCAUCAUCAAGUGUGCAGGUUUUGAAAACACAGAACCAGAGGUGGAAAAAUCCAAUAUCACAGUGCCUCUUAUUGUGGGUAUUGGGACGUCUCUGCUCGUGUUGAUACUGAUCCCUGUCCUUGUUCGCUUCUGGAUGGUUUGGAGAGCUCGGAAAAAGGUGUUGACUAAAAUGCUGCCGGACAGAGAAGCAGAUCAGGACAGUGAAUCCUACGAUGAGAUUGGCCAACCAGAAGAAAAGGCCUUUAAAUGUGAAAGCGUCUUUGCAGAAGCUGCAGUCAUAAAGGAGAGGGACGUACAGAGCUCUUCCUCUCUGGAGUACGAUGAUGUGGAUAAAGCGCCUGAGGCUCAGCCGUUGACCCCCCAGGGCUCAAAAGGAAACCAAAAAGUCGCAGACCAAAGUGAUGAUGGAGAAAUGUGUGAAGUGGAUGACCUGCACCCUACUGAAGAUGGCCCUGCUAACAUGCAGACCACAGUCGAGGUCCACAAUGAGCCCAAAGCCACAGCUGAAAACAGCACUGGCCCACCUGAGGAUGAAGAUUACCUUGUUCCUGAUCAGGAUGGGUGAGACACCAAAUGACUUGAACAAAAUGGGGUUUCACUAUAGUCAGAUGAUAUUAUUAAUGCCACUAACUCCUGUGGUGUGGAGACCAAAAGACUUUGUUCAAGUCUCUUUGACAGCUGUGCCAGAGCCGCUUUAGUCAAUUUGUGUUUCUGUUUGUUACAGUGUACAAAAACCUGCACUUAGGUGGAAUAUUAUAAACUGAUUAAAACAUGUUUCAUUUGAUGACUUUAAAAAAAAUAUUUUGUUUUGAUUUUUGUUAUGUUUUUACCCUGCAAAAGUUAGGAACUUCAUAAUACAUAUGUUUCAAUACUAAGAGUUAUUGUUAGUAGGAACCAUUUGAAACUGUUAAAGACUCACUCCAUUGAGGAUUUUUGGUGUUUUUAACAAGUUCUUUUACCAUUCCUUUAAUUACGGACGACAUAUAUAAAGAAAAUUAAGAAUAGCAAUUUUAGGUAUUUGGCCAAAUCCAAAUUCUUCCCCUACCUCUACAUUUAGCCCUCCAAACAGAGGGCUAUGGAAAAAUAAAAAUCUUCUAAUCCGGACAUUUCUCCCACUCAAUGACAUCGUCAAUAGUCGGCGGUUCAGAAAAUACAAAACAACAUCAAAAAGUCAUGACUUACAUUUACACGUAAAGUUUUGAUUUGAUUUGAAAUGGUUUAUUUCAAGCAAUUAAGCAGAAAUAAUACACAACAGCAAUAUAAACAUCAGUUAUACAUUCAUACAGUAACUAAUCAAACUUAGGAUAAUUAGACAUAUUAAUAAAUAUUGCUUGAAAGGGAGUUCUGUGCUUCGGAGCACAUGCAUGAAGAAAUGAAAGCAGGACACAGUUCACCCUUGUGGCGGAGGGAUACUGAGCCUUCUGCUGCUUAGGUUUCCCCUUCAAAAGACUAUUUCGGAAAACCCUACCCCUCCAAUCAUUGCCAAAUUAGAUUGGUAGGGGACAAGCCAAAGGGGUAGGGGAAGAAUUCGGGUUCAGCCUUUCAUUUGUCAAAUCGUGGUGAAUCAGGAGCAAAUUCAUAGAUCCUUGUAUGUCCCUUUUUUCCAUCAUCCUCGCUAACAUUUGGGUUUAAUGUACAGCUGGAUAGGUACAAUAUUGCUCAUAGAAAAAAGUAUACAACAGCAUGAUGGGAAAUGAGCACAGGCCUACUCCACGGCAUGUCCUAGAAACCCAGACAGGUUUUUGAUUUUGCAUAAAAUACUGCAUAAUCAUAAUUAAAAGACCACUAGGAACGCUUUGAAAAUAGAUCAAAAGAAUAAAGUACGUAUUUCCUAAAUAAAAGAGAAGAGUUGUUGAUUAAACUCGCAGCACUUCACUGUAGAGAAGUGCUAACGAAAUCAAUGUAAAUCCGCUGAUUCUGGCGCGAAGAACAGCGAUGUUGCAAAGCCAACAUGAAAAGCUGCUUUUCCCAACAUCAUAACCACCUGAUUCAGGGCAAUCUCGUAAACCUUUGAGGAUUUACAGCAUAUCAAAGAGUGUGUGUUAUUGGCUUUGUGCUGCAAUGAAACACCUACACAUUGUGUGAACUGUACUUUACAAACCUAAAGUGUUGCACAAGUGCAAACGCGAUGCGAAAAGCCGCUUUUCUCCCCGAAUUCCGAGGGUUUCUCGGAAUAUCAAAGAGCGUGCCUUUUUUAGCUGUCGCCGGUGACAGCUCCGGGGUUAAAGGGUAAAUGAAGUCGGGGACAGGAGAGCUGAAAAAAAAGUGUUUGAUUUGUUACCAGCAAAAUAAAAUAAAAUCAAGGCAUUUGUAUAGUGAGCUACUUAGUCGACUCAAUUGACUCCCCACCUUUUGAGCAUGACCCAUCACCAUUUCUCAUUUGUAAAAUGUUAUGUUAAAGUUUUUACUGUUUUGUUAUAGGCACUUAGUCUCUGAAGAUAUAUGUAUUCUUUUUAUAAUUGAAGCUCUGUUUUAAAGCUGUGUGUGGGGUUAACAAGGGUGAAGACAAAGGGGUGGUUGGCUUUCAUUUACAUUUUUGUGGCUACCUUUUGUUUUUCUUUUUAAAUGUAAAUCACUUUAAACUGUUCAAAGCAAGUUUUUUUAAUUCAAAUAAAGUUUGAUUUGAUCUGAAUAAAUAAUUGGAAAAUGUUGUACAAAAUGAGAAACACCGUAGAUGGUUAAAGCUACGUGUAUGUAUAUAUAUAUAAAUCCAAAACUUUGAUGUUAUUUUCUUAAAGCAAUGUCUGAGGACCGUCUGCUUGAUUAAUUUGGAAGUGGCUCAGAUGUUGAGUAUCAAACUGUAUGUUAUAAAUGUCACUUAUAGUUUGAUACACAGCACAAUGAGCCAUUUUCUACAAGGCCCCAUAUUUUCAGUUGCUUAUAGUUUUAACUGAACAAAUAUAGCAUUGAUAUUUACCCUGUUUCAGACUAUAUAUCUUAAUAUAGAAAACCCUUUAAACUCCUUAAUGAAGACAUUGACACUUGCCCUUCUGCCAGAUCUUUUGCUUUAUGUCACCAUGAACUGAGGCAUCCAAAGACCGACUGACCGACCAGCGAGAGCCUCUCAUGUUUAGCACAGAGUUGACUUCUGAGAUCACAGAGCCGAUGAUACACUCAGCGGGACUAAUUUGUCGCCGAUGGCCCUGGUGUGAUAUGUAAACAUCAGAGCCCCACUCCCAGAAGGUUUCCUGAUGGAGGAUUAACUGCUGCGAGGUUGGAACACAAAUAGACAGAGCUAAGACACCCUGAUGUGGAAGUUUUCUGUCAAUCUCAGGUGUCAUCAAAAGAGGAUGAAAUAGAGUCCAAAGGAACUUGGGGGGGGCUUUAGCACGCCAAUGUUGACCUAAAUGUUUAGGAUAGACCAGGAGAACCCUGACAUUUACUCUCAAUGGUUUAAACAGACACUGAAACUCUGUUAAGACCAACUUUUCUGUGUUUUAUUUGUAUAUAUGAACUCUUCUUCAACCAAAACUGAUGGAAAAUAUGUCAAAAUUCUAUCUAAAGAAUGAAAACAUUUAUAACAAAAACAGCCAUAAGCUACUGUUACUUUUGCUAGUUCAGUGAUGUGACUUUAAUACAGCGUUGUUAAACAUAUUCAAGUGGAAUGUACCUUUUUUUUUUACCAUGAGGUGCACCGAAUUUUUUUUUUUUUUUAAUAAACCCUUUCUAUGGUUUCUACGGUUUAAUAUGUUGCUACGUAUAUAUGAGGUCUGGUUGCUCUGUACCACUUGAUGGAUUGUUGGAGCAUUAUGGGCAAUGUAGUUAGGAGCCUGGUGCGGUGAUGCAUACUGUGCUUCAACAUAUUGAGCUGAAAAAGUGAAUGUUUGUUUUGUAUUUUGUGUGUUAAAACCAAUCAAUGCUGAGAGUUAUAGUCAAUAAAGUUUGAUUGAUCAGU